AUCAAUUAUGAAUAUAUUUAUCAAUUUGUUAUAUUUACAUAAUUUAAGAAAAUCAUAUAAUUAUGGCAAGAUUAACUGCACAAUAUAUUGAGAAAAAAUAUUCACAAGAGCAAUUAAAUAAAUCUCUCAGUAAAAAAAUAAAAAAAGAUAAAUUAUAUUUAACUCAUUUACGUAUGAAUAAUAUGUUUAUCAGCAAUAUUAGUAAUUUCGGUAAUUACAAAAAUCUUAAAGUAAUAUAUUUACAAAACAAUAAUAUUUCGAAAAUAGAAAAUUUACACUAUGCAUCUAACUUAACGCAUUUAUAUCUACAACAUAAUAUAAUAAGUAAAAUAGAAAAUUUAAAUUAUCUUGAAAAAUUGCAAACACUUUAUUUAGGAUAUAAUAAAAUAUUAGUAGUAGAAGGUCUUGAAAAUUUGAAAAAUUUAACUGUUUUGCAAAUAGAAAAUCAAAAAUUACCUUUUGGAGAAUCAUUAUAUUUUGAUCCACGAAGUAUACUCGCUUUAUCCACUUGUUUAAAAGUACUUAAUAUUUCUGGUAAUAAAAUAACAUCUUUAAAAAAUAUUAAAGAAUUAUAUAAAUUAGAAAUUCUAGAUGCUACAAAUAAUAUUAUUGAUGAUAUCAAUGAUCUAACAGAGACUAUAAAUAUUUUGAUUUCUUUAAAAGAUCUAUCUUUACAAGGUAAUCCUGUAACAAAACAUUAUAGGUACAAGGAAAAUCUUAUUGCAAAUAAUGAUACAAUAAAAAUUCUUGAUGGAAAAACGGUAACAGAUAUAUGUAGAUGUUUUAUGAAAAGAUUUAAGAUGAAAAAACAUCUUUAUCAUACCAAAAAAUUAUUAAAUACUGCAGAUGAAGACAUUACAAGUUCAUUAAAUUUACCACCUGCAUUGAAAGCAUCAAUAUCCAGAGCAAUAUUUCAACAUCCUGAUUCAAAAUUGUCUACAAUUACAUCUGUAAUUAAUAAGACACAAUCAUAUAUAUAUCCAUCAUGGAAAAUUGGUGCAAAUAUUAUAAAAAAUGGUCGUAUUACUCCAAAACCAUUUUGGAAUACGAUUAAAAUUAAAAAAACCAAAAAGUCUAAUGUACAACCAAUAUUAAACACUGAAAUUAUUAAAUUACCACCUAUUUAAAUAAUUUAUUAAUAUUUUAUUAUACAGAGUAUGGAAU